GACAUUUCUCAUGUGUUAGCGAGCAUUUUCAAACACCUUUACACAAGAGACGUCAUCGGGAAAGACACUUCGUCCAACUUCUUCAAGACAAAGAAUGGACGAAGCAGCUACCAUGACAGAUAUGUUGAGGAGCUUCAACAGGCUCAUUCUGAAUACAGCCGGUGUAUAAAAGAGGCUGACAUGCUGGAAGCUCAUUUAAUUGAGGCCAGAGCUCGGGCUGCAGACACAGAAGUCGAAUUAGCCUUUUCCUGGUGUGAGGACAGCUACCUUCUCCAAAUGAACAACCUGAUUUCCCCUCAGGACUACCUACCUUCACAAAAACCACGUGUGAAAGCACCAGCACCGAUAAAAUUGAAUCCUGGCAGACCCACCAUCGCCUACGCUUUGCACGUGUCCAGGGAGCCUCAGGAUGAUGGUUAUGGUCUAAUGCCCAGCCCUGAAAAGAUAAUCCCCGAAAUGAAUGAGUCAGAUCGCAGCCUGACGUUUAAAUCCAGCUCAGAUACCCCAAAGAGGAAGAAAACCCCCAAGGAGACGCGGAACCAGACCAAACCCAGACCAAAGUGGAAGGAUGAGCUGAGCGCAAAGGAUCGGGCAGAGGGAUGGGAACAACUUCAGAGGCUUAAAGAUCGACACAGCUUCCUACGCAAUCCUCGCUUCCUUCCUCCAAGUGCGCAGCAGGGUGGCACAUCCCUCAUCCAGCCCAGAGCCAAAGCGGGGAAGACAGGGCAUGUGAGGAGAGGGAUGGAGGAGCACAG